AUGACUAUUUCGGAGGCUGCGAGCAAGACGGGGGUGGGGACUCCAACUCCCAGCAGCCUCAGCGGCGGCGACCGGUUCCCCCGCCCUUUCGCCGCGCUGCCUCACGGUCCUCGUAGUCCCGCCCCGCGUCCACCGGCUAAACCGACGCCCCGUCGGACUCAGUUUCCCAGGGGGGCAGAGCGGCGCGGGGCGCCUGCGCACUCUCCCCGUGUGUGGGGGCGGAGCGGCGCGGGGCGCCUGCGCACUCUCCCCCGGCUCCGCAAGGCAUUCUGGGAAAGGACUAUUUCUGAGGCUGCGAGCGAGGAAGACGGGGGGGGGGGACUCCAACUCCCAGCAGCCUCAGCGGCGGCGGCGACCGGUUCCCCCGCCCUUUCGCCGCGCUGCCUCACGGUCCUCGUAGUCCCGCCCCGCGCCCUCCGGCUAAACCGACGCCCGGUCGGACUCCGUUUCCCAGGGGGGCGGAGCGGCGCGGGGCGCCUGCGCACUCUCCCCAAGAGGGCGUGUGUGAGUGUGUGUUUGGGGCGCCGUUACGUUCGGGGGCCGCGGCUCCGCAAGGCAUUCUGGGAAAGGACUAUUUCUGAGGCUGCGAGCGAGAAGGAGGGUGGGGACUCCAACUCCCAGCAGCCUCAGCGGCGGCGGCGGCGACCGGGGGGCGGAGCGGCGCGGGGCGCCUGCGCACUGUCCCCGCGAGCGAGCGUUUGGGGGCCGCCGUUCCGUUCGGGGGGCAACGGCCCCGGCUGCGGGAGGGGCGGGCGGGGAGGCUCCGCCUCGGUGAAUCCCGUCGGAUGUGAGGGCGGGCGGCGAGCCCGUGAGGAGGGCCGGGGAGCUAUGUCCCAGCCGCCGCCGCCGCCGCCGGCGGGGUCCCCCGCGCAGCCCCGCGGGCGCGGGCGGUGCCCGUCCCCGGCCCGGGGCGCGGCGGGGCCGGAGGAGCCGCCCCCCCGCGAGGAGCCGCCGCCCCCCGAGCCCUCCGAGCUGCCGCCCCCGCCCCCGCCCGGGGAUCCGCCCCGGAGGAGCCCGGAGGCGGCCAAGGUGCUGGGCCUGUCGUCCUACCACUGCAAGCUGCUGGCGCCCAUCCUGGCCCGCUACGGGCUGGACCGGGCGACGGGGCGGGCCCGGCCGCUGCGGGACAUGAACCGGGGCGAGCUGUUCGACUGCGCCGUGCUGGGCGACCGGGCGUUCCUGAUCGAGCCCGAGCACGUGGACACGGCGGGCUACGGGCGCGACCGGUCGGGCAGCCUGCUGUACCUGCGCGACACGCUGGAGGCCAUCCGGCGGGCCAACCGGGGCCGCGAGGCGCUGGUGCCCGUGCACGUGGACGGCGACGGCCACUGCCUGGUGCACGCCGUGUCCCGGGCCCUGGUGGGGCGCGAGCUGUUCUGGCACGCGCUGCGCGAGAACCUGAAGCGCCACUUCCAGCAGCACCUGGCCCGCUACCGGGCCCUGUUCCGCGACUUCAUCGCGGCGGCCGAGUGGGAGGACAUCGUCAGCGAGUGCGACCCCGGGUUCGUGCCCCCCGAGGGCGUGCCGCUGGGCCUGCGCAACGUGCACGUCUUCGGCCUGGCCAACGUGCUGCGCCGCCCCAUCGUCCUGCUCGACUCCCUGAGCGGCAUGCGCAGCUCGGCCGACUACUCGGCCACCUUCCUGCCGGGCCUGGUGCCCGCCGAGCGCUGCGCCGGCCGCGACGGCCGCCUCAACAAGCCCAUCUGCAUCGCCUGGAGCAGCUCCGGCCGCAACCACUACAUCCCGCUGGUGGGCGUCCGCGGGGCCGCCCUGCCCCGCCUGCCCGGCCCGCUGCUGCCCAAGGCCUGGGGGGUGCCCCAGGACCUCCUGCCCAGGUACAUCCAGCUGGAGGACGACGGCGGCUGCGUCAUCGGCGGCGACCGCGGCCUGCGCGACGGCUACCUGCUGCGCCUCGUGGCCGCCAUGGAGCGGGUCUUCGUCGACGAGCACGGCGUCCACCCGGCCCUGGUGGCCGACGUCCACCGCUGCUUCUACCGCCGGGCCGGGGCCGUGGCCGUCCGGCCCGAGGAGGUCACCGCCGCCGCCCGGAGGGCCGUGGCCGAGGGCCGCCUCCACCGGUGCCUGGCCUGCGGGGCCCUCUCCGACCUGCCCCCGGCCCCCGACCCGCCCCCGGCCCCCGACCGGCCGCCGGCCCGCGCCCGCCCGCGCCCCGACGGCGGGGACCCCGGCGGGGACGCCCCGCCGCCCGACCGCGGGCCCGGCGGGCCCGGCGGCCCCGCCGCCGCCUGCGCCUGGUGCCGCGGCCCCGCCGUGCGCCGCGUCCGGCCCGACGGCUCCGUCGUCUACCUGGACGGCGACCGGACCGGCGCCAGGUCCGCCGGCGGCAGGUGCGGCUGCGGCUUCAAGCACCACUGGGAGGGCAGGGAGUACGACAACCUGCCGGAGGCCUUCCCCAUCGCCCUGGAGUGGAACGGGAGGGUGGUGCGCGAGACCGUCUACUGGUUCCAGGACGAGAGCGAGCCGGCCCUCAACAGCAACGUGUACGACGUGGCCACGAGGCUGGUGACCAGGCACUUCCCCGGCGAGUUCGGGAGCGAGCUCCUCGUCCAGAAAGUGGUGCACACCAUCCUGCGCCAGACCGCCAGGAGGGACCCCGACCGCCACGCGACCCUGGGCGGCGACGGGGCUCGAGCGCGGACGGCGGCGACGGCCCCCCCCGGCCGGGACCCCGAGUCGCGGCUCCCCACCAAGAUCAUCCUCACCGGCCCGAAGACGAAGACGCUGCACAAGGAGGAGCUGACCGCGAGUAAGGCCGAGAGGGCCGUUCAGCAGGGCGUCGCCGAGCGGGCCCCCCUGCUGCAGAAGCGCAGGACGGAGAAGCUGAGGCAGGAGCGGGGAGGGCCGGCCGGGAACGCCUCCCCCGGCCUCCCCCGGGACGGCCCGUCUUCCGCCCCCGCCACCCCCACGAAGGCCCCCCGUUCGCCCGCUUCCCUCAAAGAGAAGAAGAUCCGGAUAACGACGGACGACGGGCGGCAGGCCACGCUUACCCUCGAGUCUUCCACCACCUUCUUCCAACUCCGGGAGAGUAUAGCCAGGGAAUUUGACAUCCCUCCCGCCCUGCAGUGCAUCCGCCACGGCUUCCCCCCGAAAGAACUCACGGCCCCCGGAGGGGGCGCGGAGAACGAACCCGUGCCCUUGCAGCACGGCGACAAGAUAACCAUCGAGAUCCUGAAAGGCAAAGAGGGAGGGGGUCGGCCUGCUACGGCGCGCUCGGCCCCCGCGGGGAAACGCGAAGACGCCGCCGUGACCGGCAAAAUCUCCCCCAGGGAGCUCCAAGAGCAAACCGACAAAGAGAUGUAUUCCUUGUGUCUCCUGGCCACGUUGAUGGGAGAAGAUGUAUGGUCUUAUGCAAAGGGACUUCCUCACUUGUUCCAACAGGGUGGGGUGUUCUACAAUAUAAUGAAGAAAACCAUGGGUAUGACUGAUGGCAAACAUUGUACUUUUCCACAUCUGCCGGGUAAAACCUUUGUCUACAAUGCCACAGAAGACAGACUGGAAUUGUGUGUGGAUACUGCAGGGCACUUCCCCAUUGGGCCUGAUGUUGAAGAUUUAGUUAAAGAGGCCUUAAGUCAGGUUCGAGCAGAGGCUACUUCAAGAAGUAGGGAAGCAAGUCCUUCACAUGGUCUCUUGAAAUUAGGUAGUGGUGGAGUAGUAAAAAAGAAAUCCGAACAACUGCAUAACAUAACUGCAUUUCAAGGGAAAGGGCAUUCUCUAGGAACUGCGUCCAGUAGCCCCCAUCUUGAUCAGAGAGUAAGAGAAACUCCAGUGGCGAGAAAACAUAGCACAGGGACAGACUUUGGUACGAGUUCCACAAAAACCGAGGCUUCUGUAUUCACGGAUGCUCCUGGUAACAGUGAGCUUAUCCGAAUAGCUCCUGGAGUAGUAACGAUGAGAGACAGCAGGCAGCUUGACCCUAACUUGAUAGAGGCGCAGAGGAAAAAAUUGCAGGAAAUGGUUUCUUCGAUUCAGGCCUCAAUGGAUAGGCACUUGCGGGAUCAGAACACGGAGCAGCCGGCAUUAACUGACUCUUCUCAAAGGAAGGCUGAAGUGAGUUCUUCCGCAAAACCUGGGAGCCUUCUGUCUGGCUUGACCGAAUCCUUUUCCGUAACCGACGGCACUGGGCAUCCGAAUCCUGAAGCGACUGGCGGUAAUGCGGCAAGUGUGAUGGGAACAACAUUUCCCAUUCGGCCUAAAGCACCAAGGGAAAAUUCCGUGGAGGAGCCUGAAGAGAUGGAUAGUCAAGAUGCUGAGAUGACUAAUACAACUGAGCCAAUGGAUCACUCUUGAUUGGGUUGAAAAUCAUUAAGAGCAGAAAAACUUAUUGUGAAUACGUAACGUUCGUUGGCUGGGCCACCUACACGAUUAGUCACUUAAGAGCAUCCCGUACGUAAUGUUUCAAAGAUUAUAUCUUCUUAUUCAGUGCAUGAUAGCAAGUGUGUGAUUGGCAAUAGCUUUUAUUAUACUGCUGCCCAGGCUGGCUCUCAAUUACAUGGAAAUUAGUUGUUAGGUGCACUGAGAAACGAACAUCUGCUGUAGAUGUGGAUGACUGAAAGUUUUUGGGGUUUUUUUUUUGUAAUUUUCAUUCCAUGAAAGUCUUAAUGCUUCAAAGACAUGAAAGUUAUUGCAAUAAACGCGUAAGAUUACUGAAAAGGCUAAACUGGGCAAAAAUCUAAAUUUGACAAUGUUAACAUGGCCUCAGACAUAACUUUCAUUCACACAGAUUUCACAUAGUGUACAAAAAGCUUUACAAUGAGAACAAAUGAGGACUGUGGAUGUUAAAAUUCAUACUACAGUAUGGUCAACACUUUAUGGUGUUGACAUUCCCUUAGAAUUGAAUACAUUCAAAGAGCUACAUGCGCUUGAUGGAGAGAAUGGAAAGAGGGAGUAGAUGUAUCAAGCUCCUCUAUUUUGUCAGUUGGAGCAAGGUUAGAGAGAAGACUACUUUGGAAUGAUAAGACGGGUGGGAUUCAGUUGUAUUGCCGUCUAAGCCAAAACAUCCAUUUAUGUACUACGUUAGCAUUAGCAUGUUACUACUGUCUCCUGAAUCUCAAGCUGGUCAGGUGCCAUUUAGUUUUUUUUUUUUUUAAAUCUCGCAGAAAGGCUGGUGAAUGUCAGGACAGAAGUACAACAGAUAAUGGUAGCUAAAGUUAUGUGAUGCCCAAUUUUUAGAAAUGUUGACUCUCAGAGGACUUGUGAGAAUUUAUCUUUACAAAUUAGUUGCAUUGUUCAAAAAAUCUUGAUCAGUGAUAUUGCAGCUUGCAUAGUAUACGUGUCUUUGAGACCCAUUUGGAAACUCCAAGUGGUUCCUAACUUUCAGUGCCCAGAGGAUUGUUAUUUGUUGACUUUACUUGAAUUUGUGAUGCAGAUGUGACUGCAUCGGUCUCUGACAUCUUGGCAUUCACUUAGUGCACUCAUCAGCUAUUUAGUGCCAGCUUCCCUGAGAAACAGCUGUCAUACUUAUUCCACAAAGACAAAGAAUGUUAUCUUGAUGUUUGUAUUGCACUACUUUACCUCUCACCUUGCAAUCUGUACUCCACGAGGUGCAUUUUAGUCCACUUUUUCCCUCUGCUCACUGAAGUAAAGCUGAAUUGGAAUGUAUUUUAAUAGUCUUGAAUUUAGAGCACUUAAAGCUUGGCUGUGUGUUCCCAUAGCAAAAGUCCAAAACAUUUUCAUUCUGCAAAAUGUCCAUUUGGGAAAUAUCAAACGUUCAAAAAUCUCUUUAUCUGCUGUCACAAGAAUUUGGUAUACCACUUUGAACCUAAUUUCCCAAUGAGGGACAUUUUCUUUAUGUGGAAAUAAAUUCAACCGAAGCCACUUAUCAGCUGCUGCGUUUUGGUUGAGAAGACUAAGGAAUCUAGAUAUUUUAAAAACUAAAAUUGGCUAAGAUUUUGUUGGAUUAAUUUUGUGACUUGAAAAACUUGACCGUGUCGCUUACCUGUGACUUCUACAUUUUACUUUUUUUUUUUCUCUAGGUCAAAGUUCUUUUGGGAAGUGUAUUUCUUUGAAUGUGUCAGUUUUGCAUUGUGAGGGAAACAAAUACAAGUAACAUUUCAUAUUUAGUUAAUAGGUUACAGGGGGUGGUGGUAAAUACAACUUAAAACCUAGUAAAGAAUCCGAACUCCAGGAAAUCGUUUAAUAAGCCAGUGCACGGCUUUCAGGUAAAUCAGAGAAUCGCCUUUAAUUUAACACGUAUAAGUUCUCUACUUUGCCUUAUGUUCGACAGAUGACUCGCAAGUCUUAUUUGGUAUAAAGAAAUCAGGGCAGAGACAAAACCAAUCUUAUUUUAUUAACUGUAUCUGCUCUUUUAGCAUGAAACAGGAUGUGCAUAUGGCCGAUUGCCGGAAGUCUGCAGUAAUUUUCAAAAACAUAUUACCAAUCUUUUUUGCUACAGAAUUGCUACUCAGAAGCCAGAUUCGAAAGUCAAGUGGAAAUAUGAGUUCUCUCAUUUGAAAGAAAAUAAGUAUGCCUAGAAAAGACUUGAUUCAGAAAAAUGACCACAUUGCUAGAGAUUAUUUUAAAAGGGUCAAGAAUGUGGAGAGGUGUGGCAGAUUUGGUGAGGGAUGAACCCUAUUGCGUGUUUUCAAGAAGGCUUAGAGCGGUCUCUGUAGACUUUAUUUAUCUUACGUUAUUUGACGAGUGACCAUCCUUCCUCUUCUAAAUGUAAUCGGACUGCUGUAGAUUUGACUGUUGUUUGAGGCCAGCCAUUAGUGAUAUUGUGGGAAUUGCUGUAAAUCUUCCCUCACUGGACAUUUUGCUAGUUAACUAGGAGAAAAAAAAAAUGGAAACAAUAUUUGAAUUUAAACUCUCAAAGUUCAGAAUUAUAAUUUCACUUUUCAAUUAAGCUCUAUUGGCAGUUCGCAGUCGCACUAACAAUUUGAAGGAAACCCCAGAAUAUUUUUUCAGUAAUCUUCCCUGUGGAUAAACUAAUCGUGUUUUGUUAGAUCCUGAUCGAGGUAUGCUACAAGGUUAUAUGUAACUAGAUGGAGUCUCCUGUCGGCAGUGACAGGCAGGCUUCAGAACUGAGACUUCGACAGUAAGAAUUACAGACAGUAUCAGAAUAUUAGCUACAAUUAAACACACCCAAACAGUGCAGAGUAGUAUGUUCACAUUUCAUUUGAACCAAAAUGGGAGUAGCAAAAUUAAAAUGUAAACCCGGCUGUUUUUUUUUUUUGACAUUCCCUGGGAAAGUGCUACAGAUAUAGCAGAAACAGUUUUACCAACUGCUCUUCUUAGGCAUGAAGAUAACUUGCUUUAUUUUUUCUUUUAAAGAAUUUUCUUUGACUAUGUCAAAGUUUGCUAUUGAGUUAUGAAUUUGAAAUGUGGCUAGGGUUCCCAGGUUUUCUGGGCAACUGUACGGUCGUAGCUGAAGAUCUCUGUAGUACCAGCCAGUGCUACCUGGGAGUUAGUCGGAGCUGAGCUCAACUUAUAAUUUUAAAAUGUGCUCAACUGUACAUGGGCAGUAGUUCUGUACUGUGACCUAGAGCUCAGGGAAUUCCUUAUUCAAGUCUCACGUGCCAGUAUUGAUAUAUUUUCCACGACUCAAAAAUCCCUGACACCAUACUUUGCUAACGACUCAAUUCACGGUUUUUAACAGUAUUAUUUUACAUGGUCUGCUUCUAGUACCAGCUGCUAGUUUCAGUUGAUUUGGAAAUAACUCCACAUCUAUAACCAAAAUUCUGAAAUGGAGAAAAACUGAACUUGUAUAACACGACUUCUCUGAAAAAUCAAGUGUUACACUUGAAUUUGACAGCAUAGCGACUGAAAUUAUUUUUUAAGCAAUCACAAGAUGUGUGCUAAGAUACUCAGUUUUCUUUUCAAAGUCACUUAAGACUAUGUAAUCUGUGCCCCCCCCCCCCCCCCCCCCCCAUUCGAUACCACUGAACAGAACUAUAACAGAUUUUGAACAUUUCAGGAGUAACGUUUGAGUUCACUUUUCAUUGAACGCUUAUACCAUGGGUUAAUUUCUAUCCAUCAAGCACAUGGAUUUUAAAUGGGCUUUUCUGUUCAUAAUAGGUACAUAAAGAAUGAAAGAAGGUUGAUAGAUAUACCCUCGGUUGAAGAGGAUGAUUAUAUCAGUUUUGCAAAAUCACACCACUCUAAAGCCGAUCACUUCUAAUACCAUUCGGAAGUUAUUUUGAGGACCAAAGCUGAGUGUAACUUAAAAACAAAUCACAUUAUUCAAACGUAUGCUUAGCAAACAAGUAACAGAGUAGCUAUGUCAUCCAUGUAAACUUUGCAGGGUAUCCAAUCAGUUCUGUUAUUCUUGACAAUACUCUGACACGCUGAGUGUUUCAUGUUUUAAGAUAUUUGAAUCGUGGGAAUUUAAGCUUUGUUCUACAACAGCAGGAAUUGUACAAAAUGUGAAUGAAUGGACUGACUAAAAAAUGCCAUUAUUUGUAUAGUUGACAUUUACACUUUAAAAAAAUUAUGGACUCCACAUGAUUUUGUAGAAUAAUAUACCAUGAUGAUUUGCCUCCUGUAAAAGAAACAGAAAACCGAGUUGUUUUUGCUUGUGAAUAUCAAUUACUUAGGUUUUUAAAUUUUAAGAUAUUGCCUACAAUCUUUAGAAUGCAGAAUUCCCUCUCUGAGCCUUUAUGCCUGAGGUAGAGCAAUAAAAGAUUUAAAAAGUUAUUAGUAUUUCAGAUUUACUUGACUUUCUAAUGAGGAUUAUUGCCAAGAAUCGAAGAGUGCACUUUUUGGAGGGAAAUGCUAUUUAAAAUGUGUAUAAAUAAGCAGUACUAGUGUAUAUAUUUAGAAAGCAAAACUUUUUAAACAGCAAGUGCUUUAAAUGUUAGGUAAAAAUCAAUUAGCAUAGAAGUUAUACCAUCGCUACAGAACUGGUUGUUAUCCAGAACAUUUUGAUUUAUUUUAUUUGUGAUUGCUGUAUUAAUUAAUUUGGGUUUUUUAAAUCUGUAAUGUAACAAUAGUGUAUUAUAAACAGUAUAUAGUGUACUAUAUUACACUUCAAUGUACAGUAUUUGAAGUUUUUCGAUUGCUCUAUUAAAAUUAUAAGUUAAAUAUG